AUGGCUGAUAGAGUUCAGAAACAGUUGGAAGAUUUUGCUCCAGACCUUCGGGAAUUGCUACUCCGAGAUUUAUUUACCCUAAAGGAGAUAAAAAGUAUCGUUGAUCGCCGUCGUAAAUUUGAAUUUGAUAUUAUCAGCCCCGACCCGAAUCUUUCCCUGAUUUCAUACAAGAAUUAUAUAAAAUAUGAAUUGGAGCUUGAUAAAUUACUCCAAUCAAGAUAUCGCAAAAGCAAACUCAUGAAUAAAAAUAAAAAUUCUAAUCAUUCUACUAUUAAUAAUACUAACAAGUCUAAUAUUCCUGGUAGAAAAAAGUUCUUGGUUGAAGUGAACAAUAAACGUUACAUUCACAGGAUAUUUCGCCGUUGUAUAAAUCGUUUUAUAGGUAAUAUUGAGAUGUACCAGUUAUACUUGAACUACUGUAAGAAGAUAAAGUCGUUUAAGCUUUUUGAGAAGGUUCUUGUUAACGGGAUUAGCAAGAAUCCAAACGAGGAAAUUUUAUGGCUCAUCUUCGCUUCUUAUGUUUUAAAAAACAAGGGCAUUAGGGCCUCAAAAAAUAUUAUACAAAAGUCUCUAAGGAUUCUUCCCAAUAGCUUAAAUCUACUUUCCUUUCUAUUAAAUUUACAAGUUAAAAUAAUCCUCAACUCACUCAACGACACUAAUAAUACUGGUACUGAUAAUACACUUAAGAACAGUGAUGAUUCAAAGGAAUCUAAUUUAGAAUUGACUGAAUUUACUACCGUUGAUUCUCCUAUAAGCGGUGAAGUUGAUAAAUGUUGGAUAAUAUACAAGUACGCCCAUAAUAAUUUGAACGAAGCUGAUUUAAAUUUGUUUAAUGAUGAAAUUAUAUCAAUUAUCAGUAAAAUUCCAUCCAAGAGUCCCCUGUUAAAGAAAUCGCUUGAUCAAUUAUUAAAUAAUAUUAACGAUUUAAGACAGAAUAAUUCUGAUAUUACCAAUACUGACGCUAAUAACACUCUAGAUAAUACAGGUUAA